UCGCCAAAGGACAGGUGACAAAUGGCGGGACUAACACUGCUGUUCGGCCUAAUCCUGGCCAGCUUCUGCGCGUGCUCCUCAAAUGCCGCCGAUACCGCCCAGAUACUGAGAUACGACAAUGAAAACUUGGACAGCGAUGGCUAUGCCUUCUCAUUUGAGACUAGCGAUGGUAUCUCGCGCGAGGAGAGAGCCACACUGAAAAAUCCUGGUACUCCCGAGGAGGCAAUCGCCGUCCAGGGCAGCGUCAAUUGGGUGGGACCCGAUGGUGUCCACUAUAAGCUGAACUAUCUGGCCGAUGAGAACGGUUUUCAGGCUCAGGGCGAACAUCUUCCGCAGGUGGAGCACUGAUCACGUGAUAGCUUUGGACUUUGUUGAAAGAGAAAAAAGAAUAAACAAAAGCAAAAAAACCACCGAAUAGGUAAAGUAGGCGGGUAGACAAUAGAAAUGAAAUACAUAAUAAUAAAAUAUACACACAUAAAUGUAUAUAUCUAUAUGGCUGGGCAUAAAUUUUCACCCAUCGAAAAUUGAAUUGUAUUCUAGGCAGGGAAUUAGCAUAUACAUUUGUAUCUUCCCAAAAACCCGUUUGCUCUUCGCGCCUGAAUUGUGUGCGGUAAUCGACUAGCUGCAAUCUCCGAUCCCCCGAUCUGCGAUCUCCAAUCUGCGGGAGCUGACCAAACCGGUUCUAUAAACGCCAAAAAGCAUCCAAAAAUAAAAAAAAGGUUGCCAAAAAGCGAACAACAAUUAAAGAAGCCACAAUGCUGCCAACGAAAGUGAGAAUUCCGGGUAAAAAAGGGCAUUUUAAGGCAAUUAACCUAAGCUCCUCUCAUUUAUCAAUCGUAAAAUGCAAAAUAAUUGGUCCUUUCCCAGCCUAGACAUAUCACUUUACACCGUCGGAAAAAAAUACAUUAUACUUCGGUGAAUUUAUAAACUCCGUUUUAAUUAUCUGAAGAAUUUGAUAUUGCAGGUAUAAAAAUAAGUAUAACUAAACAAAGAUUAAAACCUUGAAAUUCCAUUUAACUGCUCAAACAAUAAAAAAGGUUUAUGCAAACAAAUUCUAAAAGUUAUGCACUUUUGACAUUACUCGACUUCUUGCUGUGUACCCGCCACAGAUUACUGAAUGAUUUAUAACGCCCGAAAAUGACCAGCAGUGACAUUACGCAUACGCCCAGUUGUAUUGUGGUAUUGUAGGGCAUGCAUAGUAGAGCCAUAGUCGACUGAGCUUGGUAUUGGCUUUUGUUGUCUGGUUAGCUGGUAAAAAAUCGUUUUUAUUUUAUUGACUAAGGUCAUCAACCAACACUCUGGCUGCUGACUAUGGAGAUGGAGAUGGCGAUGGAGAUGAUGAUGAUGAGCCGCGUAAUCUUGAAUCUCUCGUGCCGCAUCUUCACUUGAACAGCAAAUGCAGCUGACAGGCAGUGGCGGUGGAGGUUUUCGUUUCAAUUCGAUUCGAUUCAAGAUUUUUGGAGGUUAAAGCGCCCAGCCUUAAUCGGAAAUUGUGUCAGCAGUUUACAGAGCUCACUGCGGAAAUGCUUCGAAAUGCUUUACCCGAAAAAUUUGCAGCUCUGCAGUUGGAUAAUUCAAGAAUUACAUUUAUGAGGAAAUACACGCUGAAUAAGCAGA